AUGUUCAGCCCUGCUUAUAGUAAUACAUGUAAAGGCAAUGUAAACUACCAGCAUCCCCAAUGUAUCUUUAUUUUUCUUUCUUUUUGCCUCAGAUGUUUCCUUCUCGGGGAAGAAAAUGGAAAGUGGCAGUUGUCUUUACGUCCAUCGAGACUCAAACAGAAGCAGACCAAGCCGGCGAAGGACCCGGAGGUUUUAUCCUUAGACAAACUGACGGCAGGCCAGAUCAUCAGGGGCUACGUCAAGUCUGUGGGAGAGCAGGGGGUCUUCAUCAGGUUGUCAGCGAGCAUCACAGGAAGAGCACAACUUCAACAGUCCACCAAAUACUUUGUCAACCACCACAAGGUCCUCUCUGAUCACCUGACCCCCAACAGCCUGCUCACCAUCAAGGUCAUCAGCAUUGACACAAAGGAGGAGCUGGUCCACCUCUCUCUGCUCCCAGAGGACACUGGGAAGCCAGACGUCCUCCCAGAGUCCCUCGGCCUGCCGCUGCGUCUGCUCGGAGAGGAGAAGAAGGAGCACGACUUGAACAGGAGGAAACGUGCAGCAUCUGAGAGCGAAAAGACACCAGAAGAGUCCACCGUCUCAAAGAAGAAGAAGAAGAAGAAGACAAAGCAAUCAAAGAGUGAUGAGAACGACAGCGGAGUGGAGGUGUACUUCAGAGAAGAGGAGGAUAAGGAAGAAGUAACCAAAUCUGUUUCUUUGAAAGUGGCUCAGAGCUCAGAAGCUCCGUCCAGACUGCAGCUGGCAGCAGGUUUCUCCUGGGACGUGGGACUGAGCUCCCUGAAGCCGGCCUCUGUAGCGCAGGAGGGCGACUCCAGCGAGGGAGAGGACGAAGAUGGAAGCAGCAAGACCCAGAAGAAGACUCGCCACGAGCUGGAGCAGGACAAGAAGGCGGCAGAGAAGGCCCUGGUGCAGCGGGAGACGGAGCUGAUGAACCCCAGCCUGCGGCCCGAGGACGCCGCCGCCUUCGAGCGCCUGCUGCUCGCCUCCCCCGACAGCUCCCUGCUGUGGCUGCAGUACAUGGCCAACCACCUGCAGGCCACGCAGAUCGAGCAGGCCCGCGCCGUGGCCGAGAGGGCCCUCAAAACCAUCUCCUUCAGAGAGGAGCAGGAGAAGCUGAACGUGUGGGUGGCGCUGCUGAACCUGGAGAACCUGUACGGCACCGACGAGAGUCUGAAGAAAGUGUUUGAGCGGGCGCUGCAGUUCUGCGAGCCCAUGCCCGUCUUCCAGCAGCUGGCCGACAUCUACGCAAAGUGCGACAAGACCAAGGUACGAUGGACAGUGAAGA